GGAUUCCAAGAUUUUUAACGGGGCUUGGUGUGAAAUUUGGGAUCAGUUUUCCAUGUUUUCCGUGGCAAAAGAGCGGGAAAAGCUGCGUUAUCCUUAGUGCCUGGGAUCUCUCGGGAUUUAUCCCGUCCUUUAGUCCUCAUCCCGAUUUUAUAAAACCCUUUGAGGGGAAAACAUCCACCUUUUUACUUCAAGCUCUUCAAAUUCCCUCCUCUCCUCCCCCCGGGCUUUGGAAUUUUCGGGAAAAUUCGGGAAAAGGGGCGGAACUGUCCGCCUCAUCCCGCUUUUCCUCCUCCUUCCAGAGCGGCGGCGCCUCCGGAGCCGCCGGCGACCAGAACGAGCUCCUGGCCCGGAUUUCCCACCUGGAGGUGGAAAACCAAAACCUCCGCAGCGUGGUCUCCGACCUGCAGAUGGCCAUCUUCAAGCUGGAGAGCCGCCUGAACGCCCUGGAAAAAUCCUCCUCCGGCUCCCACCAGCCCUCGCCCGUCCCUCCCACCCAGGUGAGCCUCGGGAACGCGGCGGGAUUCCCCCUGGGAAUAGAACUUCCGGAGGGAUCGACGAUCCGGGUGGUCAAAUGUCCCGGUUUGGAUCCCGUUCUCCCCCCAAAAUCCCACCAAGUGGGGCUCGAGCAUUCCCAUUCCCAUUCCUGGGCUUUUGGGCUGCCCUGCUCUGACUCCAAGUUCACCUUGUUCCUGUUUUCCUUCCCCUUGAAUAUCUGGUUUUAA